ACCUCAACCACGCCGAUAUAUCCUCGAUACCCCGAACCUCGCGCUGCCCACGACGCAGCUACCUGUCGCCGACUGCGCUGACUUUCACUGCGAGCCACGCUGACCCAUGAUACCCUAUAGCGCAUCCCUCAGCAUCCCCAUCGGCACACAACCCGCCUCCCUCCCGCCGCCAUUGUCGCCUGUCUCGACCUAAACGCACCGCAUCGAGCCUCCCCCAUCGUUUCUGACCUAGAGCACGACUGAGAUAUGGGCAAAGAUAGUGACGUACCGCAGCCAGGGCCUGCGCGCCUCGCAAAGGGCGCAGGGCCGGAUGAAUGGCUGGAGCAGGCGAAGCAAUGCAAGUACCUGCCCGAGGCCGACAUGAAGCGACUAUGUGAGAUUGUCAAGGAAUGUCUGAUGGAGGAAUCCAACAUUCAACCCGUACGAACACCCGUCACAGUAUGCGGAGAUAUCCACGGCCAGUUCUACGAUCUCCUCGAGCUCUUCCGUGUCGCUGGCGGCAUGCCCAACGACUCCCCUGCCGCACCCCUCGCGCCACCAGUCACAUUACCAAGCACAAUCAACCCCGCCGAUCUCGAGCCUCCUACCAGCAUAACAGACCCCAAGGUCAAGCGCAAGAUGAAGAGAAGAUUCCAGCGCGACCCCAACUACACUGGGCCAACAAGCCCUCCUGGAGGUGAUGGCGAUGAGGAAGGCGACGACGAAGAGGAGGAGGAGCGCGGCCGCAGCAGGAGCGUUCACGACAGGCGGAGUCUUGGCUCGGCAUCCGACGCAGACUCGACUAAGAACACAGUGGGUGGGAAUGGCCAGCAGAACUUCAUCUUCUUGGGUGACUUUGUCGAUCGAGGAUAUUUCAGUCUCGAGACCUUUACCCUUCUCAUGUGCUUAAAGGCGAAAUUCCCUGAUCGCGUAACUCUCGUGCGCGGAAACCACGAGUCGCGACAGAUUACCCAGGUUUAUGGAUUCUAUGAAGAAUGCCAAACCAAAUAUGGCAAUGCCUCGGUAUGGAAGGCCUGCUGUCAAGUCUUCGAUUUCCUUGCCCUAGCCGCUAUCGUCGACGGAAAAGUACUCUGCGUACACGGUGGUCUGAGUCCAGAGAUCAGAACGCUAGACCAGAUCCGCGUUGUUGCGCGAGCCCAAGAAAUCCCACACGAAGGAGCCUUCUGCGAUCUCGUAUGGAGUGAUCCCGAAGAUGUCGACACAUGGGCUGUCUCACCCCGAGGAGCCGGCUGGCUUUUUGGAGAUAAGGUGUCUUCCGAGUUCAACCACGUAAACGGUCUCCAACUCAUCGCACGCGCCCAUCAAUUAGUCAACGAAGGCUAUAAAUACCACUUCAAAGACAAAGACGUCGUCACCGUUUGGUCGGCACCCAACUACUGCUACCGCUGCGGAAACGUCGCCUCCAUCAUGAACCUAGGCGAAGACCUCAAGCCAGAAUUCCAAAUCUUCUCCGCCGUCCCGGAUCACAAGCGUGCCGUCCCCGCGGGUCGUGGAGGUCGCGGAGAAUACUUCUUGUAGGAGAUGCGCAUACUGGUGUUAUGUGUAUGGAUCGGAGGAGAUCCAUGAUAUGGGCUGCUGUGUAUGUGCAUUCUAACGAUACGAUGAGAAGCGGAGAAUUGAAUACCCCCGGGAGAUGAACGAACGAAUGGCAUGCAUACAAUCUUCGCCUUGACAUGGCUUGUACGAUAUCGCGUUGAUGAGAUUUUCUGCUAGUACAAUGGUACAAAUACGUUCCCCGUGCCUAUUUCCCCUCACGAAAGAACAUA